CAUUUAUAGGAAAUUGCAAUUAGUAUAAAUACCACACGCCCUGAAAUAAAAAGUUACACAACGUCUCCAGUCAUCAACCUAAGAUAUCAACAAGAAAACUACAAGCAAACCACUCCCAUUCGCCAUGAAGACUUUUAUCCUUAUCGCCCUCGUCUUUGCCGCUGCAGCGGCUUUCCCAGCACAACCUGCUCCCGCUGCAGCAGCUCAACCCGCCCCAGCCGCUAAUGCGAACGAAAAGAACGCUCCCGCCGCAGCAGUUCAACCCGCCCCAGCAGCUAAUGCAAAUGAAAAAGCCGCUCCCGCUGCCGCCGCGGCGUAUCAACCCGCCCCAGCAGCUAAUUCGAAUGAUAAGCCCGCUCCUGCCGCUGCUGUUGUUAAACCUGCCGAUAAACAAGCCGCUGCUUCAGCCAACAGUUACGAACCAGCACCAGCUGCUGCCGCGAACUAUUAUCCUGCCCAAUAAGAUUAGAUAAGAGUUCUGAUUGACACAUGUUCUGGCAAAGAUAUUUAUUUUUUGUACUUUGAAAUCAAAUUUUUUAAGUUCACAGAUAAAUUGGCGGUCAUAAAAAAUAUUUUGUUUUAA